AUGAGCAGCUCCAGAGAGGGAUCUCCCGAUUGGCUCCGCUCUUUCCAGGCACCCACCACCACUUCAUUGUUAUCACUAUCCUCGCCGUCUAAAUCUUCUCCAGAUGAUAGUCCUGACAGGGAAUCUGAAACCAUUUCGUCUCUUCCGGUGCCUGAUGACAGUGACGCCGCCGCGAUACUCGAUGAAGAAUCCGUGGGGUCUAUGUCUAGGAAGAGAUCUAAGACGAAGUUGGUGACAAAGCAGGUGAGUAUCGAGCAGGUGUUCACUAGAAAGAAGAAAGCAGAUGCUAGUCUCAACCUUGAAGAGAAGCAAAAUGGAAACAAAGUUGACGGUGAAGAAAAGUCUAGCAAGGAUAAAGACGUUCAAGGAGAUGAUGAUUCUGUAUGGCUUGUCUCAUCUGAUUCUGAACCACCCUCCAGUGAUCCGGUAAGGCAGCAAGUGAUUAUGUCAACUGAAGAGGAUGAGGAUUUGAUUAUUCAAGCUGAAGCAACAGAACCUGCGGUUAAGAAGGCUUCAAAGAAAAAAUCUCCUAAGAAAAAGCUAAACAGUGUGCGUCAGACACCCAAGAAAGAAAACAGUUCACAAGAAUCUUUGAUAAGCGAAGAUAAAGAUACAGAUGCCAUAGUAGCCGAGGAAGUAACAAUGGAUAAAAGUACCAAGCCUUCUUCUGGCUCAAGUUCAAGACUGCCUUUGGUGCUUUCUGAGAAGGUGAAUCGUACAAAGGUACUCGUUGAAUGUGAAGGGGACUCGAUAGAUUUGAGUGGAGACAUGGGGGCUGUUGGACGCGUGGUUGUUUCAGACACAACCGAGGACGUGUACUUGGACCUGAAAGGCAUGUUACUCCAAAUGUCACUCACCCCCAAAGAUCUUGCAUUUCAGGUUAACGUAGGUCAGUCAGAGGCAAAGAUUGAAGCUAUUAUGAAUGACUUCAUACAGCUAACACCACAAUCUAAUGUCUAUGAAGCAGAAACAAUGGUGGAAGACGCUUAUUCGGCUAAUUUUAUGACCCAUUCAGGAACUCUGGAGGGAUAUUCGUUCGAUUCAGAUGAUGAAGCAGACAAAAAGGCCAAGACUGCUUCAAAGCCCGCUGAUCAAAGUGGAGGCGCAGCGGAAGUAACCAACGCAAAUGGCAAAGGCAAAGCCAAAGCAAAAGGCGAAAAUGUUGUAGGAAAAAAGAGAGGGAGACCAGCUAAAGAGAAGCAGCAACCAGCAAAGAAGGCUAGAAAUUCUGCUCCUAAGAAAACAAAACCCAAGAAAUGA